GGUCACUGAAGGUAGAACUUGCACACACACAUAUAGAGAGAGAGAGAGAGAGAGGUGGAGGCGAUGGAAUCAAAGGCGCAGAUAUUAGGCAGAUCACUGAAGGUGCCAAUUGUGCAAGAGCUUGCAAAGGAGAAACUGAGCAGUGUGCCGUCGAGAUACAUCCGACCCGAUCACCAACAUCUCACCGCCGCCGAUGUUUCCUCCCUACCUCAAAUCCCCGUCAUCGAUAUGCAGAAGCUGCUCCUCUCAGAUUCCAUGGAUUCCGAGCUUCACAGGCUGCACGAAGCUUGCCUAGAUUGGGGUUUCUUCCAGUUGAUCAACCACGGCGUGGAUGCGGCGCCCAUAGCCAAAAUGAGGUCGGAAAUGACGGCGUUCUUCAACCUCCCGCCGGAAGAGAAGGACGUAUUCCGGCAGAAGGAAGACGACGUCGAAGGCUACGGCCAAGCCUUCGUCACAUCCCAAGAGCAGAAGCUCGAUUGGGCCGACUUAUUUUUCAUCCUCACUCAGCCUCCUUAUUUGAGAAAGCCUCACUUAAUUCCCAAGCUUCCUGCUUCAUUCAGGUCAUCUCAAAUUCUACAAAAACUAACACUCCUUUAUACGUCACAUAUUAUGUACUAA